AUGGCGUCAGAUGAAGAAAUGUUGGAUGUCAGUUUCCCGCGCCAGUAUAUGUCUCUUUCAGCAAUGGACAAUCCUCUAACAGAUGAUUCGACUGAAAAUGUCCUUGGAAUUUUUCCCCCCUCAAAUCCUCGCAAUUAUGUGCGAUUGAGUACAAUUGAUCCUGAUGAUAAUGAAUAUAAUGAUCGGAAUCGAAUCCAAUUUUCACCCGGCAAUGAAGAUAUUUCGUUUAAAUCUGUUCGGCGGAGUUAUGACGAAUAUGAUACGGUAGAUUGGGUUAAAGACCUCAGCAAGGAUAGUGACAGACGAGCUAGAAUGGAACAACACGCAAAAUACUCAUUCCUGGGCCAGCUCCUUCUAAUCUGGGAUUCAAGCUCUGGUUGGAUAUGUGUUGGACUGAUCGGCGCUUUGAUAGGUAUAUUUGCAGUGAUGGUUGACAUUGGUGUCAGCUGGCUCUCCAGUCUCAAAGAGGGUGUAUGUCGUGAUCAAUUCUGGCUUAAUCAGGAGCAGUGUUGCUGGUCUUUCAACAUGACUGUCUUCUCUCCACUCUACGGAUCAUUUUCUUCUACCAAUUCCACUUCUCCGCUGCCCAUUACAAACUCAACACCACCACCACCACCACUAAUGGUGACUGAUUCAAUAGCAGCGAACUCGUCUCUUUCUAGCUUAGCUAAUUUGACGAUGUCAUCGAACACCACAACGAUCAUCCAUCCACAUAUUGCAGGAAGUGGUGCUCAAGCUGCGUUUGGAUUUUAUUCCUGCGAACAGUGGUACUCAUGGGAGCGUCUGCUGACAGGCCAUGAUGGCGACUUGAGUCACUUUGGUGCUUUCAUUCUCGGUUGGAUUGUUUACGUUCUUCUUGCUGUUGGAAUGGCUGGUCUCUGUGCCACUCUAGUCCACUUCUUGGCUCCAUCUGCUGCUGGCAGUGGUAUUGCUGAAGUGAAGACAAUCCUUGGAGGCUUCGUGAUUCGCAACUUCCUAGACGCCUGGACUCUAAUAGUGAAAGUUGCUGGUUUGAUUCUCGCCGUGUCAACAGGUCUCUGUAUCGGUAAUGACGGUCCAAUGGUGCAUGUUGGAGCCUGUUGUGCCAAAAUCCUCGCCCGAUUCUUCCCCAAAUAUGGACUGAAUCCCUCUAAACUUCGAGAGUUGAUAUCGGCCGCAGUCGCGGGCGGUAUGGGCGCCUGUUUCGGUGCUCCUAUUGGUGGAGUUUUGUUCUCCCUUGAAGUCGCAAGCUACUACUUCCCCGCCAAAACCCUCUUCCGUUCCUUCUUCUGUGCUCUCGCUGCUGGCUAUGUGGCCAGGGCAUUGAAUCCCUUUGGAGAGGAGCAUCUCAUUCUGCUCUCCGUGGACCACGACACUAAUUGGCACUUUGUGGAGCUAAUUCCUUUUGCUAUCCUUGGAGUCUGUGGUGGUGUCUUCGGUGCAUUGGUCGUUCGCUGCAAUCGGGCUGUGCAGAAAUUCUGCCGGAAGCGAUGUUCCAAUCGUCCCAUCACCUACCUCCUCAUUCUCACCGCAAUCUUUUCUCUUAUCGCCUACCUCCAUCCUGAUCUGAGGGUGGAAGAGAAGCUAUUUAUUCGCAAGUUGGUCAGUUCUUGUAGUGCGGGCGAUCAGGAGGACUUGUGUGACUACCAUCGUCUGCCCAAGGGUGGGUUUGGCAAUGCCACAGUUAUUAGUGAAUCGAGUCUGGUGGGAAGUUUUCCCGCCGGUCCACGAAUGGGUCGGGGUGUCGCCUUGCUUGUCGGCGCCCUUCUCUUCAAAUUUGUCGGCAUGGUACUGGUUUAUGGUGUACCGGUGCCUACAGGAGUCAUGCUACCCAGUAUCAUGGUGGGGGCAAUCUUGGGCCGGCUGAUGGGUAUCACGGUGGAGCAAAUUGUGGUCACCUGUCUCACUCCCUCCUCAUCCUUCUAUCGACAACUCUGUAAACCCGGUCAUCCUUGCAUCGACGCCAGUCUCUAUGCCGUGGUUGGUGCCGCAGCUUGUCUUGGCGGUGUUACUCGAGCAACUGUCUCUCUGGUCGUUAUCAUGAUUGAACUCAUUGGAGGACUGAGUUACAGUAUCCCCAUCAUGGUUGCGAGUAUGUUUGCCAAGUGGACUGGAGAUCGUCUUUUUGAGGGCAGUAUCUAUGACGUGCAGAUUCGUCUCAACCACUAUCCCUAUCUCCAAUUCGACAAGAACUCCAACAAAAUGGCCGAUUCUUUUGCCUCCGACAUCAUGCAUCCUAGAAUUAGUGAAGGACCUCUGGAACUUCUGACAGAAAACUCGAUGCGUUUGGAGGAAAUUGAGCAACUUUUGCAACAGUCAAGUCAUAAUGGCUUUCCCAUAGUUGAGUCACUUUCCUCCCGACACCUUGUCGGCUUCGUUUCACGUGGUGAUCUUAUCGGGGCCCUAGGACUUGAUCGACCUCAUUCAUCACGUCGUUAUCAUCCCGGUUCCAUAGUCUGUUUCACCGAUCGAGCGCCUAUUCAUGGCGCUCUGACUCCUGGUGACUUUGAUGGUUUUCCUCCUUUGGCUGAUAUUAGGAAUAUCACUGAUUUGUCCCCUACAACCCUCACCCAAUCGACCCCCGCAUCGACCAUAUUUGAUGUGUUCAGGAGUUUGGGUUUGCGCCAAGUCCUAGUAACCCAUCUUGGACGCGUAACUGGAAUCAUCACAAAGAAAGAUCUUCUGCGUUUCCUUGACGAUUGUUAA